ACUGAGGAGACACAGCUUGGAGGGGCUUAUAAUGAGGAGACACAGCUAGGAGGGGCUUAUACUGAGGAGACAAAGCUAGGAAGGGCUAAUACUGAGGAGACACAGCUAGGAGGGGCUUAUACUGAGGAGACACAGCUUGGAGGGGCUUAUAAUGAGGAGACACAGCUAGGAGGGGCUUAUACUGAGGAUAUACAGCUAGGAGGGGCUUAUACUGAGGAUAUACAGCUAGGAGGGGCUUAUACUGAGGAGACACAGCUAGGAGGGGCUUAUACUGAGGAGACACAGCUAGGAGGGGCUUAUACUGAGAAUAUACAGCUAGGAGGAGCUUAUACUGAGGAGACACAGCUAGGAGGGGCUUAUACUGAGAAUAUACAGCUAGGAGGGGCUUAUACUGAGGAAACACAGCUAGGAGGGGCUUAUACUGAAGAGACACAGCUAGGAAGGGCUUAUACUGAGGAGACAAAGCUAGGAAGGGCUAAUACUGAGGAGACACAGCUAGGAGGGGCUUAUACUGAGGAGACACAGCUUGGAGGGGCUUAUAAUGAGGAGACACAGCUAGGAGGGGCUUAUACUGAGGAUAUACAGCUAGGAGGGGCUUAUACUGAGGAUAUACAGCUAGGAGGGGCUUAUACUGAGGAUAUACAGCUAGGAGGGGCUUAUACUGAGGAGACACAGCUAGGAGGGGCUUAUACUGAGGAGACACAGCUAGGAGGGGCUUAUACUGAGAAUAUACAGCUAGGAGGAGCUUAUACUGAGGAGACACAGCUAGGAGGGGCUUAUACUGAGAAUAUACAGCUAGGAGGGGUUUAUACUGAGGAGACACAGAAGGGAGGGGAUUAUACUGAGGAGACACAGCAGGGUGGGGAUUACACUGAGGAUAUACAGCUAGGAGGGGCUUACACUAAGGAUAUACAGCUAGGAGGGGCUUACACUAAGGAUAUACAGCUAGGAGGGGCUUAUACUGAGUAUAUACAGCUAGGAGGGGCUUAUACUAAGGAUAUACAGCUAAGAGGGGCUUAUACUGAGGAGACAGCUUGGAGGGGCUUACACUGAGAAGAUACAGCUAGGAGGGGCUUAUACUAAGGAUAUACAGCUAGAAGGGGCUUACACUGAGUAUAUACGGCUAGGAGGGGCUUAUACUAAGGAUAUACAGCUAGGAGGAGCUUACACUGAGGAUAUACAGCUAGGAAGGGCUUGUACUAUGGAUAUACAGCUAGGAGGGGCUUAUACUGAGGAUUUACAGCUAGGAGGGGCUUAUACUGAGGAUAUACAGCUAGGAGGGGCUUAAAGUAAGGAUAUACCAGCUAGGAGGGGCUUAUACUGAGGGUAUACAGCUAGGAGGGGCUUCUACUAAGGAUAUACAGCUAGGAGGGGCUUAUACUAAGGAUAUACAGCUAGGAGGGGCUUAUGCUGAGGUGACACAGCUAGGAGGGGCUUCAGCCUAGAGCAGCAUUUAUUAGAGAUAAGCAGCAGUCUGGGCUUGUACACAUUGCUGAGUGGGGUUUGCACUAGGAAAUCGGGAUCCACUGAGCGUAAUGGAGUCAAUGGCGUUCUGGAGAGUCCCACGGGCACAGGGAAAACACUGUGUUUACUCUGUUCCACCUUAGCCUGGCGCCAGCAUUAUAAAGAUAACAUCACUGCGCGUAAAAUCAAAGAGCGCAUGCAAGGAGCAGAGAUGUUCCCGGACCGUCCGACUGCAGACUGGGGGAGUGGAGAACCAAGUGCACAAAGCUCAGCAUAUUACAGUGAUAUCCCCAAGAUUAUUUAUGCAUCGAGAACUCACUCUCAGUUGGCACAGGUCAUAAGUGAACUGAAGCAGACAACGUAUAGGCCUAAAGUCAGCGUCCUGGGUUCUCGAGAGCAGUUGUGCAUACACCCGGAUGUAAAGAAGCAGGAAAAUAACCACGUUAAGGUCCAUAUGUGUCGGUCUAAGGUGUCUACCCGCUCUUGUCAUUACUAUAAUAAUGUGGAGGAAAAGAGCACUGAAAAGGAUCUCACCACUCAUAUAAUGGACAUCGAGGACCUGGUGAAGAACGGCACCAAGCACAGGGCCUGCCCCUAUUACCUCUCUAGGAAUCUGAAGCAGCAAGCAGACAUUAUAUUCAUGCCCUAUAAUUAUCUGCUGGACCCAAAGACUCGCAAGGCACAUAGCAUUGAUCUGAAGGGAACAGUUGUGAUAUUUGAUGAAGCACAUAAUGUGGAGAGAAUGUGUGAGGAGUCAGCCUCUUUUGAUCUGACACCGUAUGACCUAGCUUCUGGGAUAGAUGCUUUGGAUCUGGUGAUGAAGGACGUUGCAGACAACCUGGAGCAGAAGCAUAUAAGUGCUGAGUUCAACAUGGAUGCACCCAGUUCUGAUUUGAAUGUACAAAUUGAAGACUUGGCCAAGAUAAAGGGGGCCCUCCUGCAGAUUGAGAGCUCCAUUGAUGCCAUAACACUUCCAGCCAAUGGAAAUGGUGUUACCAAGGAAGGGAGUUACAUCUUUGAGCUCUUUGCUUGUGCGGGAAUUACAUAUGAAACGAAGACAGGUCUUUUGGAGUUACUCGAUCAGAUCAUUCAGCAUGUAGGCGGAAGUUCUGGGGUCUUCACUAACACAUUAGGACUUCAGAAGUUGUCCGACAUCAUCCAGAUUGUAUUUAAUAUUGAGGUCCCUGAGGGUUCAUCUGCUCCAACCAGGAAUCCGCAAAUAUCGAAAUACUACAAGGUCCAUAUCCAUCCGGACAACAGCCAGAGGAAAAAGCCUCGGGGAGACAUCUGGAGUAUCAGCAGAAAGCAGGGAGGGAAGAUUCUUAGCUACUGGUGCUUCAGUCCUGGCUACACAAUGCACGACCUAGUGAGUCAGGGAGUACGGAGUAUUAUUUUGACCAGUGGGACCCUGUGUCCUCUCAGCUCCUUCACCAUGGAAAUGCAGAUCCCUUUUCCCGUGUCACUGGAAAACCCACAUGUCAUUGAAAAACAUCAAAUUUGGGUCGGAAUUGUUCCUCAGGGACCUGAUGGAGCUAAACUUAGCUCCGCUUUUGAUAGAAGAUUUUCGCCAGAUUAUUUAUCAUCUUUGGGGAAAACAAUUGGUAACAUUUCUCGCGUGGUUCCUCAUGGCCUGCUAGUCUUUUUCCCUUCUUAUCCAGUCAUGGAUAAAAGUCUAGAGUUCUGGAGGGAGAAUGGCCUCACCUCACGGAUUGAAGACAUGAAACCAAUGUUUGUGGAGCCAAGAGGAAAAGGAUCCUUCACAGAGAUAAUGGAUGCAUUUUAUGAAAGAAUCCAUGCUCCCAACAGUAGUGGUGCCAGUUUCUUCGCAGUAUGUAGGGGCAAGGCUAGUGAGGGGUUAGAUUUUGCAGACUGCAAUGGCAGAGGUGUUAUCAUUACUGGCCUCCCGUUCCCUCCACGAAUGGAUCCUCGUGUGAUUUUGAAGAUGCAGUUUCUAGAUGAGAUGAGACGAUCAAAAGGCACUGUUGGGCAGUAUCUUUCUGGACAAGAGUGGUAUCGACAACAGGCUUCUCGAGCUGUCAAUCAAGCCAUAGGCAGAGUCAUCCGGCAUCAACAAGACUAUGGCGCUAUCUUUUUGUGUGAUCACAGGUUUAGUAACAGCGACUCGCGUGCUCAGCUUCCCUCUUGGGUCCGUCCUUACAUCCAUGUCUAUGACAAUUUUGGACAUAUAAUACGCGAUGUAUCACAGUUUUUCCGCGUGGCACAGAAGAUAAUGCCCCCUCCUGUCCAAAAAGGUGCUCUGAAAGAAAAGGUCUCUUGUGCGUCCGUAUCAAAUUCCCCAUGUCACUCUCGGUCGUCUUAUGCUGCUUCUAGAGUAAAAGAAAACCUAAAAAAAGCUAAAACACUUGACUCUCAUGUACCCAGCCUGAAAAGGAAAAGAGACGGAGGGGGUGAAAUUGAAAUUCAUUCUGACUUUUGCGAGGGCUACGAGGAAAAUAUCGAGGUCUCUUCUCGGCGGCCAGCUGGAUUAUUGGAUGCAUUGGAUCACAGCGAGAGACUGCAGGGAGAGUCAAGCUCUGAGGAGAAGAUAACCCGUCACUCAACGCUGUCAUUGCAAUAUGACAAGAGGCUGAGUGAAGAGCAGAGAGGGAGCAAGAAAAAGAUAAAAAUCGUCCAGAACUGGACCCAGGAAGAUACUUCUCCAGCAAGUAAGAAGAUGAGCUGUGCAUCUGUGUUCAUGCUGUCUGUCAAGGAAUGUCUUAGUCAAGAGAACUACAACCAUUUCACGGUGGCCUUGACAGAGUACAAGAAAGGUGAUGACUUGAAGACCCUCAUUACAAAAUUAUGCAGCUUGUUCUGCCAGGAAUCUGUAAAGCACAGCCUGAUGAGAGGUUUUUACCAGUUUAUUAGACCCCACCACAAAAAAGAAUUUGAUGCAGCAUGCAAGGAGUUUACAGGAAUCGGAUGUGGAUACAAACCAGAGCAUACAGUUCCUCGAGUGGAGCGUGAGAAGGCACAAGCUAGGACUGAUUCCAAAUUGACCUUCUCUGAGAGCUCAUCUGAACAUCUGAACCAUGGAGGGACGCACUUAAGCUCCGAAUCACUGAAAGCUGGUAACUACACUGUUACUUCAGCUCCCAACAAAGAGCAGCAACUGCAGGUAUCUGCUUAUCUGAAGCAAGUGAAGGAAGCCUUGGGCCCUUCUAACUUCCAGCAGUUUUCUGUGGCCCUUACCUCAUAUAAAAAGACUGAUAACUACGACGCUUUAGUAUGCGCAGUGGCAGGACUGCUGACGGAGAAGCCAGAGCAUUACAGGCUACUAAGAGAAUUCCAUAGGUUUAUUCGGGUUCCUCAUAAGAAGAAGUUUAACCAGCUGUGUGUGGAAUUAACUGGAGAAAGCUGGGUCUAUAGAAAACCAGCAAGUCAGGCUCUGUGUAGUGAUGGAAAGCCGCCAGCACCGUCAGAAGUAUGCAGCAACAGCAGUAGACAAGGAAGAUCAGAGGUGCCAGACGAGAAUUGUGGAGAUGAACCGACUGACCAGUCACAAGUUGCUAGAAAACCUGAAAUGCAAACAAUGGUCAAUAGGACAGAGAUAACAAUUAGAUCCGCUUUACCGCUGCCUCCAUUUACACCAGAGUCAGAAGGUCCGACCUGCCCAAACUGCAAACUAAGAGGUUCUGUGCCUUUCAAAUGCACAUCAUGUGACUUCUAUUGUUGCAAAGCCUGCUGGGAUAAGGUUCUAAAGAUGGACAAACUGUGUCCCGUAUGCAAAAGUAGUAUCAAGAGGCAUCAGUUGGGUCAGAUGUUUUUCAUGGCAUCCUCUUAAGGUCUGGGACAGUGUAACAAAGGACUUAACCAUGCACUGUGCAGUUAUUCUGCUCCUACAGUGAAGGUAUUCUACCUCAUCUUCAGUUCCAUGGAGAUGGCAAAUCUAUCCUGUACAAGAGACCUUCAAAUACAUCAGACAAUCUCUUAAAGGACUAUUCUGUGCUGAUGUGUCCCUCUAAGGCAUCCUUGAACUUUCAUCAUAUCAUUAACAUUAUGUCAUUUUAUUUCUUAAUCCUGGAAUAGCUGGUCAACAACCAAUAUGGCUGCUAUUACAGCUCCCCCAGGGGUUAUUUAGCUUUCUAUUACUUUAGAAUCAUGAAUAUUCCUGUGGUGAUACAUCAGAUACUAUACUGUGAAAUCAGUAAGCAGAUUUGUCAUCCAUGAAUCUGGGAAACCGGAGUUACAACCCAAGCCAAAUUUGGCGGUACCAUACUAACUGGUACAACUGCAAAGUUCUGGGAUUAUAGAAUGACUAAGAUACUAAUCGAAAAGUGCAUUUUGAGACUUUUUUUUCCCUAUAGUUUAGCUUUUUGAAGAUUACAAAAACUGCUGCUUUCCUUCAGAAACAGUGUCUGCCAUAUCUGCCAGUAGGUUGUCUAGUUUUGUAUGUCAUCUCCAUUGAAGCUGCAAUACCUGAUGUAACCUGCCAAUAGGAGUGGUGCUGUUUGAAUAAAGUAGCAAUGUUUUUCUAAUCUUGUUAUCAUGGCUUAAACAAGAUGUCCAGCGGUAAUAAAUGUAUCCCCUAUCCACAGGAUAAGGGAUAAGUGUCUGAUCGCAGGGGGUCCAGCUGCUGGGAUCCCCCCCACGAUCUGCCUUAUGGGGCCCUGGCUCUGCCCCAGCUCUACUCUGUUAUAGCGCAUUUUGAACCCAGUCAGCUUGUCGAAAGACACCACUUCCAUUUAUCUCUAUGGGAGAAGCAGAUACACACAAACGAUUAGUCUUUGCCUCUCCCAUAGAGAUGAAUGGCGGGGGCGUGUUUGGAUCAGCUGACCUGCUGUGUGCGAAAGUCACACACAAGAGCUGAGUCGGAGAAAGCCGGGGCCCCGUACGGAAGACUAUCAGUUUAUUACCACUGGACUACUUCUUUAAAGUGGAAGUCUGCAUGUAUUAUUAGACAUGCAGUAAAAGUUCUUUCAUCUGACUUUAGGUGUCAGAUUAUGACUGGUUCUUGUUCUGGAUGAUUACAAAAAAUAAUAAUAAUAUAUAUAUAUAUAUAUAUAUAUAUAUAUACAUGUAUUCUUACUAGAGAUGAGCGAACUUACAGU